AUGGCAUGGAAGAGUCUUUAUGUCUUCCAUGUUCGAUCUGGUAACUGGAGCUUCAAACAAGUAGUCUCUACACUUCUUCUUCUUCUCCGCCUAUUGUGUGCUCUGUUUGUCUCUUCAUCAGGACAACUUACAGAGUUUCUUGAAUCUUUAUGUGCUCUUGAGGUUAAACAGGAUCUAAAUUGUAUCGGAGAGAAUAGAAGAAAAGUGGGCAUAAAAAGAGAAUUGAAUUCAAUCAGGAAGGUUCGGAUUAUAUGCCGUGAUCCUGAGGCCACUGAUUCUUCAAGCGAAGAAGACAAUGGUGAUUACAGAAACAAGAGGAAUGGCAGAGUGGGUGGUAGGUGCUAUGUUAAGGAGAUUCUCAUUCCCAGUUCAUCAGAUAAAUCAUGUACAAAGGAUUCUUCACAAGAGAAUAUUGGUGGAGAAAGGUUAUGUAGUGGAACUGGAAUUGUUGACGAUAAGAAAUUGCGGAAAACCUCCUGUAUAUACAAGGGUGUUCGACGAAGGCCAUGGGGAAAAUAUGCAGCAGAGAUAAGAGAUCCUAUUAGGAGGAUACGAAAAUGGCUUGGCACUUAUGAUACUGCAGAGGAAGCUGCUGCUGCUUAUGAGAAGCAAAGAAUUGAGUUUCAUAACAUCCUUCAAGCUGAGAAGAAGAGUAAUAAGAAUGUGUUGGAAGAGAAUGAUGACUCGGGUCCCCAUCCGUCCCCAUCAUCUGUGCUUGAGCUUGAUGUUUCAAUUGAUCAUGGAGCAGAAGAUGCAAUGAAGGAAGACUGCAAUUCGGAGGAGUCGUCUGAGGAAGAUCAUAUUGCAGAACAAGUCUUUGUGAAAGAAGAGCAGUCAAUUUUGGAUGUCUGGAAAGACCAACCAGUGUCAACAAAACUAUACAGUGAAGAUAUAGACUUCUGGGUUCCGGAUGUUUUGCAGUUGUGGGAAGAUUCUCGGAAUGGUAUCGACGACUUCAUCGAGGAUCCAUCUAUGUUUGACAAGGAGAUGCUUGAUCUUCCCAUGAUGGAUUUAGACAAAGAAGAGAUUUCCUGGGCAGAAGUCCUGCCAUACAUUUUGUAGUUAGUAAUUAUCAGUAUACUUACAGCAUAUAGGAAAAACAAACACCAUAUUGGGUCAGUUUUUGCAGUAUGUGACAGAUGAGUUGAAGGUUUUGUUAAGGGACAGUGAGUGAGAGUUCUUAGGUUGGUUGGUGCAAAUCCAACAUUUUGUAAUCUGUUACAGAUGAGUAAUGAAUUGUAACUAUUUUUCUAUAGAAAUCUAGAAUUUUAAUUUCUUCUGAAUCUUUUCUAUGCCACUAGGUGUUUUUGAUUCUUUGUGGAGAAACUUUGAAGACUUUUUCUUUGAAGGGGAAUCUAGAUUCACCACACAGAUGGAGAUUUCUGGUUGAGACAUGGGAAACUGUAGUGGGUCAACCGAACGUGGUCACUGGUUUCAUGGUGGAAAGAGUCAUCAUAUAUGUCACUUAGUGCUGCUGCUUUCUGCACUGCAUAUGUGGUGUUGAUGACAGACUCCCAACCAACCUUCCAUAAUUCAAAGUUGCUAGUACAAUUACAAGAAAAGACACAUAAAUAAUAAUUGUUUUGGCGGCCUACAAACUUUUGGCUCACUUGCUUUCCAAGCAAGAUCUGCGACUUUUUAUCUUCUUUCUAAAAGGCGGUGAUUAAUAAUAUAAAACCACCUUGCACCUUGCAACAUUCUAGUCGAUCAUCUCCAGGGUAUAUAGUGCCCGGAAGUCGGGGAUAUUUUUUGUAGAAUCCUGAUUUCGUGGGCUUAUCCCACUUUCGAACCCCUACACAUGGGAUACGAUUCAGUCUUACCUAUCGCCAACGUGAUACAAACUGUUUUGGUGAUCCGAGAUUUACGAUAUAUUGGACUUGUUAUAAUAAUCACAAUUAGAUCAUAUUGCUUUCA